AAAAAAAAGAACUCUUCUACUUUCAUAAUCAUAAACAUGGUAGACGAAGCAACUAAGUCUACGUUAGCAAAAAUACCAUUAUUGAAAACCAAAGCCGGACCUCGCGAUGGCGAUUUGUGGAUCCCUCGUUUGAAAGAGGAAUAUCAAGCAUUAAUACAGUAUGUCCAAAACAAUAAAGAAAGUGACAAUGACUGGUUCAGAUUGGAAUCUAACAAAGAGGGAACACGAUGGUUUGGGAAGUGCUGGUACAUUCAUGAACUUUUAAAAUAUGAGUUUGAUGUUGAAUUUGAUAUUCCUGUAACAUACCCAACUACAUCGCCAGAGAUUGCAUUACCAGAGUUAGAUGGGAAAACAGCCAAAAUGUAUAGGGGAGGCAAAAUUUGCCUGACAGAUCACUUCAAACCUCUGUGGGCAAGAAAUGUUCCAAGGUUUGGCAUUGCUCAUGCUAUGGCAUUGGGGCUUGGACCUUGGCUGGCUGUGGAGAUACCAGACUUAAUACAGAGAGGAGUUGUCACACACAAAGGUUCUGAUCAAGCCAAAAGCUGAGAUUGGUGUACAUUUUAGAUAUCAAAUAGUUGGAUGAGCUCUCCUCAAGUCAAACAGAUUUCAUAUUGAUUUUAAUUAUACAAUAAAUUUCUUUGUUAAUUUUAUAAUGCCUCCCCCCCCCCCCCCCCUUUAAAUAUUUGCAUUUAAAGUAUCAAACACUACUUUUAUGACAAAAUAACAUGUACUGUGACAUUUAUGUUGUUGCAUUGUUUUAAUUUAAUAAAAUGUUUUUUUUUAAGCAAUGUUGAUUUUUUUUCUACAUAAAUAUAAAAUGAUGGAUUUAAAGCUUGUUGCUGAUAGGAUUAUUAUUAUUAUUGGUCAUUGGCUGUGGUGUUGAAUUAAUUGUACAUUUCCUUUUUUUUCUUUUUGUAAAAAUUAAAAGUUUCUAUUCAUUAUGAA